GUUCGAGCUCUAGCGAUCUCUGUAUUGUUUUAGCUAAAAUGGGCGCGGAGCAGAGCGUUCCAGCUGGGGUCGAGGUCCAGCCUGCUGCACCAGCAACAGCUGCGCCCAGCAACCAACCCGAUGGAGCUCAAACGGAAGAGUCCAGCUCUCAGCAGAGUUCCGCGAUGCCCUCUGCGCUGGUGCUGGUCGGACCGUCGGGCGUGGGAAAAGGGACGCUCGCUAAGCGGCUUAUGGACGGCGCUCCAGAGCGAUUCGGCUUUUCUGUGUCUCACACGACGCGAGCGCCGCGGCCUAACGAGCAGCAUGGCGUCCACUAUUACUAUACCACGAAGGAGCAGUUCGCAAAGGAGAUUGGGGAGGGGAAGUUCCUGGAGUACGCGGAGGUGCACGGUAACCUGUACGGUACCAGCGUCGCCGCCGUGCGUGACGUCCUGGAGUCCGGCCGCGUCUGCAUCCUAGAUAUCGACGUGCAGGGCGCCCGCGCCAUGCGGAAGAGCGGCCUGAAGGGCAUCUUCGUGUUCAUCGCGCCGCCCUCGCUGGAGGACCUGGCCAACCGCCUGGCGGGCCGCGGCACCGAGACUGUGGAGCAAAUCACGCGGCGCCUGCACAACGCCAAGCAGGAGAUCGAGAGCAUCAACGAGAAGGGGCUGUACGACUACCUGCUCAUCAACGACGACCUGGAGGAGGCCAUGAAGCGCCUCACCGCCAUCGCGGGCCGUGCCGCGGUGGGCCUGGGCCCGGAGCCCGGCAUGGUGCCGGAGCGCGUGGUGCUGGAGGACGCACCUCUGCCCGACAUCCGCGCCCUCACGGAGCAGCAGCAACAGCAGGCGGCGGCCUCCGCUGGCGGCGCCGCGCCCGCGUCCCAACCCGCGGAGGCGGCUCCCGCGCAGGCGGCACCGGCCGCUCCCGCGCCGGAGGCGAGCCACGCGCCGGAGGCCUCGGCGGCCCCGGUAGCGGCGCCUCAGGCUAACGGCGUCGUCGUGUCUGCGGCGUCAGCAGUGGCUGAGCAGCAGGGGAUGGAGGGCGUACCGCCCGGCUUUGAGAAGUGGCAGGGCAAGGUGGCGCUAGUGACGGGCGCGUCGUCGGGCAUCGGCUGGGCCACCUGCGAGGCGCUGGCGCUGGCGGGCAUGCGCGUGGUGGCAGUGGCCCGGCGCAAGGACCGGUUGGAGGAGCUGCAGCGGCACAUGCACGCCAUGGGCGUGCCGCUGGUCAACUUCCUGCCCGUGGUGUGCGACAUCACCAAGGAGGCCGAGGUGGCCACGCUACCCAAGAUCGUGGCCAAGCGGUGGCCCGAGUGUGGCGUGGACGUCCUCAUCAACAACGCCGGCAUGAGCCGCAACGACGCCUCGCUGUUUGAGGGCAACAUCGGCAGCUGGGUGGAGAUGCUGAGCACCAACGUGCUGGGCACCUGCAUGAUGACGCGCGCCGUGGUGCAGGACAUGAAGCGACGCAGCAGCUACGGCCAUAUCAUCAACAUGAUUGGCCUCAGUGGCCACCGCAUUCCCGACGGCCCCCAGGGCGGCGGCUUCUACUGCGCCACCAAGUCAGCCGUCAAGACCAUUACCGAAGGGCUCCGACAGGAGGCCCGCGGCGCCAAGCUGCCGCUGCGCGUAUCCGGCAUCUCGCCGGGCGUGGUGGAGACGGAGUUCUUUGCGGUGCGCGCGUUCGGCGACGCCGAUGCCACGCGCAAGGCCACGUCGGCGUUCAAGUGCCUGCAGCCCGUGGACGUGGCGGACGCGGUGAUGUGGUGCCUAAGCUGCCCCGACCACAUGGAGGUGAACGACAUUGUGGUGCGCCCCACUGAGCAGCUCAUCUGAGUUGACAGCUGCUGGGCCUUGGCGCCGGGUUGGAAGAGGGUCACAAGAGGCUGGGUGGCUGGGCGGAGGGCGCUGGGUUUGUGGGGUGUGGGUGUGGGUGUCAGAGGCGGUGAUGAGUAGGCGAGGAGCAGCUCACGAGGCGGAGGAGCUUUUGGCGUGGGGAUGAAGGAUUCGGGGCAGGAUGGAGAAGUGAGGUAGGCGCGGCUGGCAUGGAUACAUGAGAGGGCGGGGCAGGUUGCGCUGUGCUCGGGGGAGGGCGCCAGGUCCUGGUGGGCACCAACAAGUUUGGAGGGUCGCACAUUGGGGGCGUACAGGAUUAUGCGUCGGAGCGUGUAUGGGGUACCGUAAUGCGGUGAGUGGUGCUAUCCGGUAAUUACCACCUGACAUGCCUUGUAGGCAGAUGGAGGGAAGGGGCGUCGUGGUGCGAGCCAACACGUCCACAGUAGUGGUACAUGCACGCGGCGAUGGAGAGAGCGCCUCGGCCCGGAUAGCAUUAGUCCGCUGGCCAGGGAGCUCGGCAUUGACUGCAGAGCUGCCGCAAGGAUGUGCACAACCGGGUCCCUCUUCUGUGUAAACUGUUUCCCCU